AUGCGGCCGUAUACCGCCGUGUGUAGAAUCCGCGUCGCAACUCCCCGGCGGAUGUCCGCCGCCUCAAUCCCGUAUUUCGGCGCGAGCUCUCAAGGGAUGGCCGUUGUCCCCACGUUCCGCAAACCCGCAAACGGCUGGAACAAUAAGACGCACGGCGCAGAGUGCGGAACAAGCGCGGCGUCAGUGGUAAUGAGCGCGAAGGAAACAAGCCAAUGCCGAAGUGAUCCGGCGUGUCGGGCGAAGUCGCCACUUGGCCGUUGGCGGCGCGGCCACUCGGGGCGCGGGAGAGGCUCCCUUCUACUCCUGCGGCAUCAAGCGGACUAUUUAAGUCGCACAAUUACACACACGAGUUGGACGGAACACGGACAAGUGGGAAAUUGGAGUCGCGUCGCGUCGCGGCACGGCGCUAGGGGCGCGUUCCGUGGCGGUUGUUUGCGGAUUUUG